AUGUGCACGGCCCUGACGGCGUACAGCGCACUGACGAUCACGCCGUUGAUACCAAGCGUGACCCGCGAGCCCGACACAAGCCUUUCUUCCGCCCUGCCACGGCGCGAUCUUCCAAAGAAAAAUGUCCCCUUCGGGGUGACAUACGAUAAAAUUGGAACGAUACAGAGAAGAUUAGCAUGGCCCCUGCACAAGGAUGACACGCUUUCCCGGAGUGGUAGACCUACGGGUCUCAAUAUUUAUUGCUUUUGCUCUACUGGAAAGAUAUGA